CUGCCGGGGCCACCGUCUCGUCGGCUCUCUUCCGGUUCCGGUGUCUCCCGCGCUCUCCUGGUUGCAGCCAUGGCCGCCGCGUCGCCCCUGUCCCCCGAGGAGCUGCUGCUGCUGCCCAAGGGCGGCCCGGGCAAGGCGGAGGAGCUGGAGGAGGAGCUGGAGGAGGACGACGAGCUGGACGAGACCCUGAGCGAGCGGCUCUGGGGCCUGACCGAGAUGUUCCCGGAGAGCGUCCGGACCGCGGCGGGAGCUACCUUUGAUUUGUCCCUCUCUGUGGCCCAGAGAAUGUACCGAUUCUCCAGGGCAGCUCUGUGGAUUGGGACUACCUCCUUCAUGAUCCUCGUUCUUCCUGUUGUAUUUGAAACUGAGAAACUGCAGAUGGAGCAACAGCAGCAGCUGCAGCAGCGACAGAUUCUCUUAGGACCCACUACAGGGUUGUCUGGCAGUAUGCCAGGGGCCCUGCCACCACUUUCUGGAAAGAUCUAACUUCCAAAAGCUGCUUCAGAUCCAUAUUACAUGGGGAGACCUCAACCUUGAUUCAUUUGAACUGUUGGUUUGUCAGGCUGGGCAUUGCCCGCCUUUUUUUUUUUUUUUAAACUUUGGGACACUGACCUAUCCAUAAUGGGGCAAAAUCCCCUCUCCUGGACCUUUUUUUUGAUGGGCUUCUGCCUGUAGCUUCCCCUCCAGAAGUAACAAGUUUUUCCUUUUAUCCAGUCAGUCCAUGCAGUGAGCAGUUACAGAGACUUUAAAUUGAAGAGCUCCUGCUGUGGGCUCCUUACCUUAGGACACAAAUUAGGCUCUGGCCAGUUUGUUCAGUAAAUUCUGCAAGAAAA